CCAUUCAAAUCGUAAUAUCAUUCCGUAUUGUGGAUCUGAAGUUGUCUGUACUACAUACAAUAAAGACCAACGCGUACGCGUCGCAAUUUCUUCAUUACUCAUUUUCUCCACACCUCGACGGUGUAAACCCUAAGUAAGUUCUGAUUUGAUAAAAUGGGAGGUGGUUUUCGAGUGCUACAUCUGGUCAGGCCGUUUCUUUCCUUUUUACCGGAAGUGCAAAGUGCAGACAGGAAGGUUCCCUUCAGAGAGAAAGUCAUAUACACUGUCAUCUCUCUUUUCAUCUUUCUGGUGUGCAGCCAGCUUCCUCUGUAUGGCAUACAUUCAACAACGGGUGCAGACCCUUUCUAUUGGAUGCGUGUUAUUCUGGCCUCAAACCGUGGGACCGUCAUGGAACUUGGUAUUACCCCUAUUGUGACUUCUGGGUUGGUUAUGCAGCUGUUAGCUGGGUCCAAAAUCAUCGAAGUUGACAACAAUGUUCGUGAAGAUCGUGCACUAUUGAAUGGUGCGCAGAAGUUGUUGGGUAUCUUGAUUGCGGUUGGUGAGGCUGUUGCGUAUGUUCUGUCCGGAAUGUACGGCAGUGUAGGUCAACUUGGUGUUGGAAAUGCUAUUCUUAUUAUCGUUCAACUAUGUUUCGCUGGGAUUAUCGUCAUAUGUUUGGAUGAACUUCUUCAAAAAGGAUAUGGUUUAGGCUCCGGUAUUUCAUUGUUCAUAGCUACCAAUAUCUGUGAAAGCAUUAUCUGGAAAGCGUUCAGCCCUACGACAAUUAACAGCGGGCGUGGUGCUGAGUUUGAGGGUGCGGUUAUUGCGCUGUUUCAUCUUCUGAUCACUAGAUCGGAUAAAGUCAGAGCACUUCGGGAAGCUUUCUAUCGGCAGAAUCUACCUAAUGUGACUAAUUUACUUGCUACUGUUUUGAUCUUCCUCAUUGUCAUCUACUUCCAAGGCUUCCGUGUCGUUUUGCCUGUGAGGUCCAAGAAUGCCCGUGGGCAACAAGGAUCUUACCCCAUUAAGUUGUUCUAUACUUCCAACAUGCCUAUUAUUCUUCAGUCUGCACUUGUGUCCAACCUUUACUUCAUCUCUCAGUUGCUGCACAGAAAGUACAGCGGGAAUUUCUUGGUUAACUUGUUGGGAAAGUGGAAGGAGUCUGAAUACUCGGGCCAGUCGGUUCCAGUUGGUGGUCUUGCUUACUAUGUUACUGCACCUUCGAGCCUGGCAGACAUGGCAGCCAAUCCCUUUCAUGCUCUUUUCUACCUGGUCUUCAUGCUAACAGCAUGUGCACUCUUCUCUAAAACCUGGAUCGAAGUUUCUGGUUCUUCCGCAAAGGAUGUUGCCAAGCAACUUAAGGAGCAACAAAUGGUGAUGCCGGGGCAUCGGGACUCGAACCUUCAGAAGGAACUAAACAGGUACAUCCCAACAGCGGCUGCAUUUGGAGGAAUGUGCAUUGGUGCAUUGACGGUUUUGGCAGAUUUCAUGGGAGCCAUAGGGUCCGGUACUGGGAUAUUGCUAGCAGUUACAAUCAUAUAUCAGUACUUCGAGACAUUUGAGAAGGAGAAGGCCAGUGAACUUGGUUUAUUCGGGUUUUAAUCUCUACGUGUAGGUUUCUGGUAGAGAACCAGUUUAGCCUCUUUUGUUGGUAGUGACAGACUGAGUUUGAAUCCCAACUUUUCUAUCUUUGGAUGUUGCUCCAGUGUUUUUCUUUUAUACCAGCAAAGGUUCCCUUUUCUCUACCUAUUGGCGAGGUCCAAACGGGUCGCUUUCUAGUUUUAGUUCGGGUCAGAUGGAGUUGAGUUGACUUGAUAGACUCGCCAUGUUUUGGUUUUAGUAUGUCUGACAUAAAACAGUUAUAUAAUUACUUAUGUUUUUUAAUUUAACAGAACUACUUUUCAUGAGUGGUAGCUCAAGGUUAUAAA